CGGGAGUCUACACCUCCACCAGCCCCUACAUCUUCGGCAUCGGCAGUGGCCUUCUGCCGCCCAAAUCUCCCGCCAGAGCCACCGGCUAAGGAUUUGCGUGGCGCGACGAUAAUGGACGACCCGGGGUGAUACGGCGCGCCGAUCUCGGCUGUCUCCGAAGGAAGGGAGACGCGUGACAAGCAGCGAGAAGCCGGGCCAAGGUGCGAGCGAGCGGUCGAUUCAUCCCAACGGUCUCCACCAAACAACCAUCGUCGCUUUAUCCCAAACAAAGCAAAGUCUCUCUCUCUCUCGAGCCAUGGCGAACUCCUCCUGCACCAUCCGCUUCUACGACCUCAACUGCACGGGCCCCAGCCUCUCUGUGCGAGACCGCGCCAUCGUCCUCACCCUGGUCGCCCUCGUCAACGCCACGACGGUCGCGGGCAACCUCCUCCUCAUCGCCACGGUCUCCUUCUUCAGGCGCCUCCGCUCCUGGCCCAACGUCAUGGCCCUGUCGCUGGCCGUCUCCGACCUGCUCGUGGGCACCCUCGUGAUGCCCCUGGCCACGGUGAAGGCCGUGUACAGCUGCUGGUUCUACGCCGACCUCCUCUGCCACUGGCACUUCUUCCUCGACUUCGCGCUCACCACGUGCUCCAUCCUGCACGUCGCAUGCAUCGCCUACGACCGCUACGUGGCCGUGUGCGACCCGCUGCGCUACGCGGCGCGCGUCACCGAGCGCACCGUGGGGGCGAUGCUGGCGCUCUGCUGGCUCGGAUCCGCGCUCGUCUCGGCGCCCAUCCUCUUCAGCCUGAGCCCCGCGCUCUCGCCCAACACCAUCCACCGCAUCCUGUGCCCCGACGAUUGCUUCUUCUACGUGCACGGCCUCAUCAUAUUCGUCAUCCAGAUGGGGCCCUACAUCGUCUCGGUGGCGUUCGUGGUGGCGCUCUACGGGCAGAUCUACCGAGCGGCGAGGCUGCAGGCGCGUCGCAUUGGCGGCGUUGGAGGAGGAGGGAAAUCGUCGUCGGCCGAAGCGACCGCGGCGGCCAGGAGCGAGCACAAGGCGACUAAGCAGCUGGGGAUCAUCAUCGGCUGUUUCCUGCUGUCGUGCCUGCCCUUCUACCUGGUGGACGUGGUCUCGCUGGUGGACGAGGCGCUGUUCGUGCCCUUCAGGAUCACCGUGCUCAGCGGCUACAUCAGCUCGGCGCUCAAUCCGCUGCUCUUCGCCAAGUUCAAUCGCCAGCUCAGGGCCGGUUUCGCGAUGGUGCUGCGUGCUCAGCUGUUCCGGCCCGGAGCGAGAGACACCGACUUCAGCGGCGGCGGGAGACUCGGCGAGUGA